AUGGACAAGACAUCAUCAUUCUCCAUUCACGAAGGAAAGCCAAUUCGAUGCAAAGUAGCAAUAUCUAGAAAACCAGGAGAAGCAUUGGUGAUAGAAGAGAUCUACGUUGAUCCACCCCAACCUUACGAAGUUAGGAUUAAGAUCCUAUGCACAUCUCUAUGUCACACCGAUUUAACUUUCUGGAAAUUAGACUGUGGACCGCUUGCAAGGUUUCCUAGGAUUCUAGGACACGAAGCAGUCGGUGUGGUAGAGAACAUUGGUGAACAUGUGGAUGGAUUUCAACUAGGCGACGUCGUUUUGCCAGUGUUUCAACCUCACUGUGAAGAUUGUAAAGAUUGCAAAUCCUCAAAGAGCAACUGGUGCGCAAGAUUUGCUGAUGACCCUUUACCAAACACUAGACGAUACGGAAUGACUUCAAGAUUCAAAGACUCUUUUGGAGAAGAUAUUUACCAUUUUCUCUUUGUAUCGAGUUUUUCUGAAUUUACUGUCGUGGAUAUCGCGCAUCUCGUCAAAAUAUCUUCUGAAAUCCCGGUCAAUAAGGCGGCAUUACUCAGCUGCGGUGUCUCCACAGGAGUUGGAGCAGCUUGGAAAGUGGCUGACGUUGAAGAAGGCUCCACCAUUGCAGUUUUUGGCCUUCGUACUGUUGGACUUGCGGUUGCGGAAGGAGCCAGGCUGCGUGGGGCUGGAAAGAUCAUUGGAGUUGAUCUCAAUCCUGAUAAAUUCGAGCUAGCUUUACAUGUUAUGUUUUCAUGGGGAGAACUAUCUCGUUUACAAUUGCAGGAGCUUAACCUGGAUAGCUUUAUUACACAUGAACUGAAAUUUGAGGAAAUCAACAAGGCUUUUGAUUUGUUAGUGCAAGGGAAGUCUCUCCGCUGCAUUUUAUGGAUGGACAAAUAA